UUUACUCAGCACUUAUAAAUGUGACAUUUUGUGAUAGAAACCUAGCGUUCUAUAGAGUUUUGGAGUUAAGCAUAAAUAUAAUCUGGAGUCAAGUAUAAAAAUAAUCUUCUAAUUUCAUUCCACAGUGGAAUUUACUAUUGCAACACCAGAAGAUGGAAAGUUGGUCAGUUGAUCAAGUCUGCAACUGGUUGAUUCAGAGAAAUUUAGGAGAAUUAGUUCCUAAAUUUCGUGAGGAAGAAGUGAGUGGAGCAGCUCUUUUGGCUCUUAAUGAUCGUAUGGUGCAGCAGCUAGUAAAGAAGACUGGGCAUCAGGCAGUACUAAUGGAUCUGAUUAGCAAAUACCACCAACGAAAUAAUGAUUUAGAAUCCCUUACUUACAGUUGUGACACAGCCCCUCCAACAUCUCCAGAAGCAAUCAGUGGGAUGCCUACCUCAAUCAGUAUAUCAGAAGCACCUGCUUCAAGGAUGGAGCAAGGCCGAGCAGUAAAGACUAUUGUCAGUGGGGCUCCUGUUUCAUUUGCUGCAGAAGCUGGAAGGACGGAUGAUGUGCAAGUGUUCAAUCCCUUUGGUCCUAUGGAUAAGACCCUUUAUUUUUCUCCAGCAGAAAAUAAAGAAGGAUUAAUUGACCGAAGAGUCUUAAAGCAUAAAAAAAAAAUGAAGCCUGUUUUUGCAAGACAUAAGACACUGCAGUGGACAAAUUCAUACAUUUUGCCUGAGUUCCCUUAUGAUGUCAAAUGUAUAUUAGCAGAAAGAAAGUGCCCUGACCACAGCAUGAGAAUAAGGAUUAUUGAAUUUUUACAGGCAGACAUGACAAAAUACCUGGAAGGAUCACUAUAUCCAAACAGUCAGCAGUAUAACAUUGUUGUCAAUGCAUUGCUUCAGGCAUAUCCAUUUCUUGAUGAGGAUGGGAAUGGUUUUUUGCUAUGGAAACGAGCCCUUAAAGAUCGCUUCAAAUAUGUGCGGAGACCAAUUGAAGAUGAUGAACAGGUUCUGAGGAACAAAUGCAAGUUUGGCCACAGGAGAGGACAAACUAGGAAGUCUGCUGCUGCUGAAAGCAGAUGUGAUGAAAUCCAAGUGGUACAGAUAAAGGAGGAGCCUACCUGUUUUGAAGGAAGUGAGAUGAAUGAACACAUUAACUGGUUUAAGCAAGAAUAUGUGAAAACAGAGAGGAACUGGGAAGAAGUUGAUAAUAGGAUGAAUAUGACAUUAGGAAUACGAAGAAAGAUGAUUAAUAAUAAGGCACCUUUGAAAGAAAUUCUGUGCCUGUUUCCUUUUCUAAGGUGUCCUUAUCAGCUUUUUAGGGAGUUCCACCUCCUGACACACAUGGAUAUUUAUAAAAAAACAGUUGAGAUUUUGGAGAUGUAUUCUGAAAACAUAUUGUCUCUGUACUCGGUGAGGAAUAAUCCAAUUAAUGUCAUGCUGCAAGAAAAUCUGAAACAGCACAUGGAGGAAGACAUUCUGAAAUAUAUGAAAAUGACGGCCACUUGUUUACUGCUGCCAGACGCCUUUGGAGAUGACACCAGUCUGUUUGUUGCUGUGAACAAGGAGGUGAAGGUCUCGACACCAGUGUUGAAAGUGAAAAACCCCUUCAAUGUUAAUACGUGUGAGUUUGCUUUGUAUGUAGAAAAAGAGAAACUGGCUCAGCUUGAUGAUUGUACAAUGGCACUGGCUGCUCUGUUGGCUGCGUUCCAUGUGUUUGACAUCCAGUGCCCAGAAAAGAUCCACAACACACUUAACUUUCUGGAGUCGCUGAUCUUUGAGGUGAGAUGUCCACAGUCUUUCCCAGUGAAGGUAAAGAGAGAACUAGAAGAACUUGAAUGUCUGACCGUUUGAUAACAGAUGUGAUACUCGUCUCAGGGGAAUGCCUUUGGAGCACUGUCAAAAGAAAUCUUUGGUUGUGAAGAUAAGUCAGUGUAAUUCUUUCCAGUGGAAGUGUAUGAAUAUUUAUAAUAUUCAGCUGUGUUUUUACAAUACCUGUUUUUUAUUGUAUGGGCUGCUGUCAUUUUUAAAAUUUAAAACCUGAGCAUUUUCAUUAUUUUAAAUGAAAAUUCGAGAGAUUUUUUGUGUUAGAAAAAUAGUUUUAUAGUUCACUGUAACUGUGCAUUGUGUUUCUGAUAGAGCUUUUUUACUCCAUUUGGAUCAAGUUUUGAUUAAGUCAAAGGUAAGAAACUCAAUUGUGAACUAAUUUACUUUUAAUACUUUACUGCCUCAGUUGUUUAUAUUCCUUGCAUUUGGAUUCAUGGUUUGAUGUGGGUGUUUUUCCUUGAAGUGAUACAAGUUAAAGAUUUGCAAUUAAGAGGUAAUGUGGUUUCACUGUAAUACAGUCAUUGAAAGUAUUAUAAAUAAGUAUUUUUCCAUUUAAAAAGUGCUGCGUCUGAGGUUUAAUUUGCAGACACUGGAUCUGUGGA